GAGAGUGAAAGAGCUAUGGAGUGGGCCCAUCAAAGUGUAUCAGAUGGCGCCACCAAGGCACCCACAAACAAAAACCGAUGAUGGAAACGUAUAAUAAAUCUAAGCGGAGAAGUGCUUGAUUGAUACUCAUUCCUUCUCCAUCUCCAUAUGACACUAUCCCUAUCUCUUUCUGUUUUGUUCAUCCAUUUCGAAAUUUGAUCAAAUCAAAAAGUAGUGAAAUGUUGCUCGUUUAACACAUGAAGGAAUGGAACAGCUAACUACGUGCACUUCGAGCUUAUUGUAUUAUGCUCCAAAACUCCAUUCUUGUAGAUCCUCUUGGCGCUUCCAUUUCAAUGGUUCGAAGAUUCUGGACCAAACCCAUAAACCAACUCUCAGUUGGAGGAUGAACCCAAAUUCUCAAUCUUUAGUUGUCAAAGCAAAAGAUGGAGGAGGAGGGGCUGAGCUGGACUCUGCGGCUCUUGUGGUUGACACCCCCAAAUUGCGAGGCUUUCAGGUGCUGAAGGGCAAUCCGACACCGUUUGGUGCCACAGCUCGUGAAGGUGGUGUCAACUUUGCUGUCUACUCUGGCAAUGCGGUUUCUGCUACUCUCUGUUUGUUCACCCUCUCGGAUUUAGAGGAGAAUAGAGUGAGUGAAGAGAUCUCUCUUGAUCCUAAGACUAAUAAGAGUGGAAAUGUGUGGCAUGUUUUUCUUAAAGGAGAUUUCGACAAUAUGCUUUACGGUUACAAAUUUGAUGGGAAGCUUUCUCCGGAAAAAGGGCAUUACUAUGAUUAUUCUCGUAUUGUACUGGAUCCCUAUGCAAAGGCAGUUAUACGCAGAGGAGAUUUUGGCACUUUAGGACCUGAUGGUGAUUGCUGGCCCCAAAUGGCAUGCGCUGUACCAUCUUCUAAUAGCAAGUUUGACUGGGAAGGAGAUUUACCUCUGAAAUACCCACAAAAAGAUCUUAUUAUAUAUGAAAUGCAUGUUCGGGGUUUUACAAGGCAUGAAUCAAGCAGGACUGAAUUCCCUGGUACAUAUCGUGGUGUUGUCGAAAAGCUUGAUCACUUAAAGGAGCUUGGUAUCAACUGUAUAGAGUUAAUGCCAUGUAAUGAGUUCAAUGAGCUCGAGUACUUCAGCUACAAUUCUGUCCUGGGUGAUUACAAGGUAAACUAUUGGGGAUAUUCAACUGUCAGUUACUUUUCACCAAUGAUUAGAUAUUCAUCUGCUGGCGUAAGUAAUUGUGGCUAUGAUGCGAUAAAUGAAGUCAAGCUUCUUAUUAGAGAGGCACAUAAACGAGGAAUUGAGGUGAUCAUGGAUGUCGUUUUCAAUCACACAGCUGAAGGGAAUGAAAAUGGGCCCAUUUUAUCUUUUAGAGGAGCUGAUAACAGUGUCUAUUAUAUGCUUGCCCCCAAGGGAGAGUUCUAUAACUAUUCAGGAUGUGGUAACACAUUCAAUUGCAACCAUCCUAUUGUGCGCCAAUUUAUAGUGGACUGCUUAAGAUACUGGGUAACAGAAAUGCAUGUUGAUGGGUUUCGCUUUGAUCUUGCUUCUAUAAUGACCAGGGGUAGCAGUCUUUGGGAUGCGGUCAAUGUAUAUGGGAAUCCAAUAGAAGGUGACUUGCUGACAACUGGGACCCCUCUCAGCAGCCCACCAUUAAUUGACAUGAUAAGCAAUGAUCCAAUACUCCGUGGAGUGAAGCUUAUAGCUGAAGCAUGGGAUACAGGAGGCCUGUAUCAAGUUGGCAAGUUCCCUCACUGGGGUGUCUGGUCAGAAUGGAAUGGGAAGUAUCGAGACAUAGUGCGGCAAUUUAUCAAGGGUACAGAUGGUUUUUCUGGGGCUUUUGCAGAAUGCCUGUGUGGGAGCCCUAACUUGUACCAGGAAGGGGGAAGGAAACCUUGGAACAGUAUCAAUUUUGUCUGUGCGCAUGAUGGUUUUACUUUGGCCGAUUUAGUAUCCUAUAACAAAAAACAUAACUUGGCAAAUGGAGAAGACAACAAUGACGGAGAGAAUCACAAUAAUAGCUGGAACUGUGGACAGGAGGGAGAAUUUGUAAGCAUUUCUGUGAAGAAAUUAAGGAAACGACAAAUGCGGAAUUUUUUCCUCUGCCUCAUGGUUUCUCAAGGUGUUCCAAUGAUAUAUAUGGGUGAUGAAUAUGGUCACACAAAAGGGGGAAACAACAAUACGUAUUGCCAUGAUAAUUAUAUUAAUUACUUCCGUUGGGAUAAGAAAGAAGAUUCCUCAUCAGACUUCUUCAGAUUUUGCUGCCUUAUGACAAAAUUCCGGCAGGAUUGUGAGUCGCUUGGCUUACAUGAUUUCCCCACUGCAGAGAGGCUGCAGUGGCAUGGUCAUGCUCCUAGGACGCCAGAUUGGUCUGAAAAGAGCCGUUUUGUGGCCUUCAGUCUGAUGGACUCGGUGAAAGGAGAAAUCUAUAUUGCCUUCAAUACCAGUCAUCUAGCAGUUACCAUUUCGUUGCCGGAGAGGCCUGGACACAGAUGGGAGCCAUUGGUAGAUACCAGCAAGCCUGCUCCAUAUGACUUCCUUUCUAGUGACCUUCCAGGAAGAGAUAUUGCAAUUCAACAGUAUGCACACUUCCUCGACGCCAAUAUCUACCCCAUGCUAAGUUAUUCUUCCAUCAUUUUAUUGCUCUCUCCAGCUGAAGAGUAGUUUAUAAGCUCCAAAAAUCCCAGAUAUAUGUUCAAUAUUAACGAGUUGAGAAGUAAAAAUCAUUUGAGUAUUGAUUGUUAUAAGUAGUUUUAAGUGACUUAUGUAUAUGCCGUUGAGCUCCUAUUCCCAACCUAAUUAAACCACAAACUUAAUAAUGUUUUUAGA